UCGGUCGCAGUGUCCGGAGGGGGAGAUCGGAGAUAGAUCGGGCUCCUCCAUCAUGUCGGAUGACGUCUCCUCUCUGGGCCUCCCCACUAGGAUCCUUCGGUGUGCUCGGUGCCGUAAUCACGGGGUUCUGGUCCCGGUCCGGGGUCACUCCAAACACUGCGGAUGGAAGCUUUGCUCCUGUGAUAAGUGCGCUCUGCUCACCGACAAACACCGAGCCAUGGCUUCCUACAGGCGGAGCCGCAAAUCGCCCAUCAACCAGGACAACACCCCCGAGGAGGCCGCACCCGCCGAUCCCAGCCGCCCCGGAGCCGCUGCAUCUCCUACCACACGUGGCUCUGAAUGCGUGUCGAGUCUGGUUAGCUAUGAGCGAGAGAGAGAGCCCUCAAGGAUGUACCUUGGCAUCCCACCCUUGUACCACUACUCCGCCUUCCCCAUGGGCUUUUCACCACCAGCAUUUGGAAGUGCAGCCCCAUCUCCGCCUGGCAUGCCUAUGACUUCUAUCCGGCCAUACCUCCCAACUGCAUGGAGGAUGGAGCAAGAUGGAGGAGGAGAAGAUUUCCGUGGCCAGGGUUACUACCCUUCAUUCGCUCCAUUAAUGCCGGGAAUAUAUUACAUGCCUCCUCAUAUGCCUUUGAGUCCCAGCAUGAUGGCAGAGUUCAGUAGGACCAUGCAUGCUUCAAGGUCAGAAGAUGACCAGUUGCAUGUGAUUGAGAGAAGCGAGACAUCAAACAAGGAGCCGCGUUUCUAAUGUUCUGGCUAUGAUGUGCUGUAUCUGUUAAUUACAAUAGAAGUUUAUUUAGCAGUAUUAGGAAGCAAAGUUUUUUGUUUUUUUCUAAUCAAAACCAAAAAUAGUGAAAAAAAAAGCUGAACUCCUGAUAGAAAUUGUAAAUGAAUAUUAGAAAUGUCAGUUGCGACAUUUACCAAAUACGGUCUUUUAACAGUUGUUGUCACUGAGCCAUUGAUCGCUCUACCUUUUUAAUGCAGCAUUUACAGGGUUCAAUGUCACUAAUUUCCUUUAUGUGAGACCAGUUGGUCCACUUCUUCCCCAGCCCCCCAGUCAUGUAAUAUCCCUGUGGCAGAGGCGGCUCUUAAUUAGGCAAAUUAGGCGGUCGCCCAAGGCCUUGCACUCACAGGGACCUCGCGGCCUCCUAAUUUGCCUCUGCUCAAUCACAAUGUGCUAGAUCCGUGCAUCUUUCUGCAGCCAUUU